AUGGCCGACGCUGCGCCCAUGACAUCGCCCUCCCCGCCGUCGACCCCCAAACCUGAUGCCGCCGCUCUGUGUAGCAACGUCUCACCGUCAGCAUUUGAGCGGCUCCCCGACGAAAUCAUCUCGCAAAUCCUCCUUGUUGCCGACCCCGACUGCUUCGCCUCCCUCAUUGUCCUCAACCAGCAGACCCGUCGCGUCUCCCAGCAAGCCGACCUCUACGCAAGCCAGCUUCAACGAUGCGCCUCCUACGCCACCGCCCACGCUGGCUUUGCCAAGGUUCAAGAUGAUGACUUGCCUAGAUUCCGCCGCCUCUUUGCCCGUGAGGUCAAGCGCAAUCUCUUCAAUGCCUACAAUCGCCCUUCCGAAACCCUCGUCAAGCUGGUUUCAAACUCGAAUAGCUCCUCCUCCUGUCCCGGUGGCGAGGGCAUGCAGUUUAGUGCCUCCUCCAAGGGCCAUUACCUUCUCGCCUACAAUUCAUCUCGAAUCUACGUCCUCGCCGUCAGUGGCCCCGAUCUUCAAGUCAAGCGCGAACUCAAAAUCCAACGGCGUCCCGUAUCUGCCACCAUCACCGACGAUGCAGCCACUCUCGUCGUACUCUCCACCGAAAUGCAGGUUAACCUCUAUGACCUCCAAGUGAGCCCACCUAAAAGAAAGCAUGCUAUUAUUCUCGACAACAAUCCUCGCACCAUUGCCAUCUCUUCUUGCGGCUCCGUCAUGGCCGCUGCCUACGAUACCGGAAUCGAAGUCUCCUCCCUACAUCCCAAUGCCAUGUCAACCGAGCGCCGCCAGGUCAAAUGUGAUCCUGUCGACAACCUUGCAUUUUCCUUUGACGGCACACAGAUUCUGGGCACCACCAUACACUCGAAUCCUCCCAACACGGUCGUCUUGACCGCUCCUUACUAUGACCCAGCCACUGUCGCCGACCAGGAUAACCUCAGCGCCAUGUGGACGACUUCGAUCCUCUUUCCCAACACUAGUCAUGAUUGCAGCCAUGCUGUUCUGCUACAGAAUGGCACCCAGGAGGAGGCUUGCUGGGCUUUUGCCUACGACCGCAGCUUCGAGGCGUUUCGCGCCAUUCGCAUCGACGACCUCCGCAACGGCACCACCUACUUUACCGGCCCAGUUUCACAACCUUCCUCGCAGUCCAAACUUCUUCCAAGCACCCUACCAGCUGCUGCCUACCAUGGCCAUUUAGUGGCAGCUGGCUUUCACGGUAGCCAAGUUUGGGUAUAUGGCGUACCCGAAGAUUUGGAUGCCGUUCCGGAACAACAGCUCAGUAUUUCCGAAGGCUCCUCCGGACCCGGCAGGAACAGCAGCCAACAAAGUAACCUCUCGCGUCACAACUCAUCUCGUGGUCAAGAUGAAAACACCAGUCUCCCUCAAUGGCAGCUUCUGUGCGACAAGACUCGCAAUCACUUCAUGGCAGGUACAAAGGUCGCUGAUCUGACUGCCAUCAGCACUGUCAAAUGGGUAGAAGGUUUUGCCGACUCGUCUGCAAAAGAUCGCUUGCUGGUUACCUCGCGAGGGAUAUCGCCCUCUCUACUGGUGACCGAUGAAGAGGACAUUGACUUUGUAGAUGGCGGUCGUGUGUGUAUUCUAGAUUUCGAGUAUGGCCCGAGAAGCGGAUCCAAACGUGAAGUCACCAUCGACGUCGGGACAGAUGACGCCGAGGUCUUGCAAGAAGAACAACGCGAUAUUGAGACGGAAGUAGCCAUCGUGCGCCGGCGCACCGUGGUACAGAACCGCUCUAGCCGCAAUCAGUUGCUCCGCGCCGCCACCACCGCAAGCCAGCAUCUCAUGCCACCCAUGCCACCCAAACAGUCAACAGAGGAUGAUGACCCCCUGGUGCCAAGAAAGGUCGGAGUCAACCCUGUGAACAGGACCGAGGGAGAUGAGGAAGAAUCUUUCGUUCCCACGGACGAAAUGGAGGCGUUGGAUGCCCCGUACUCUCAUGCAAGUCCUCGUUCCACGACAACCCUUCGACGUGCUGCCACGGCCGCUGCGGUAAACCGUCGACUGAACCCACGCACCGCUGAUGGCCAGAGAGUCGUCUAUCGCCGCGCUGACGGGCGAGGCGAACUUCCCCACGAGAGCGAUGCUGAUAAUUGGGUUCCUCCGCCACCUCCAUAUCAGCCAGACGACCCUGGCACUAUGCCCGCAUUCCUCCGACGGCCAGCCGUUGCACCGCUGCCGUCACCGGUACGACCGUUUACUGCCCUUGUGUCAACGCAAACUCCAGCAUGGCCUGGUCAGUUUUCUCCUCGUGCCCAGCAAGCCCAGAUGCAUGGGGUCAGCAUCCCUCUUCGCCAACGAACCGCAAGCGACGAAACAACGUAUAGUAGCAUGCAGCGAUUUGAGGAAAUCCCGCGCCCGCUAUCAACGCCUUUGGCCAUGCCAGUAGAUGCCGAAUCGGUACCAGAUGAUUUGUACGGAGUUUCUCCAUCUGCCUCGCCUGCGCCGGAGGGCCAAUCGGCUAGGGGUGUAUCAGAGGAGCCACAAAUGGAAUCUGUCUCUCCAGAUUUGCGCCAAUCUGAAACGGCAACUGUAGCGACUACGCCCGCAACCCUUGAAUACUCAGAUGCAGUUGAGCAGAUUCAGCCAAAUCACGGACAAAUUGACAACUUAGGUUUGUCAGUCGCAAUUCCUCCAGCGCAGCUCUCUUCAGUCGGCGAAGAACAGGUGCAUAAUCGCAGACUCUCCAACGCGCAAACUUGGCCUUUGGUAGGCCCCAUGCAAUUGCAGCAAGUGCCGCCACCUGUUCACCACGACAUUGCAGCGUACUCGGCGCCAGCAUCAGACGCAACCAUGGCUGAAUUGGCGUCGAGUUCAUUUCCACCAGCUCCCAGCAGUGACCAAAUGAACCGACUGAAUAAGAGAAUAAGCAUGGGCGCUCCGCGACGUCUUUCUGGCGGAAUCCUUAACCAAUGGUCUGUCCCAGGUAGCCGAGCAAGCUUGAUGGAACCACCCACCAAGCAUCACACUGUCGAAUACGAGUCAGCGCCCGAUGUGCCACUAGUCAAUCCUGACGAAGACCAGCCGCUCAUCAUCAGCACGCCAAAGGGUGUGAGCGGUGCCUUUGACUCUCCCGGGGAGACACAAAUACUGGCACCAGUGCCUCGACGACCGCGACAGUCUAUUCCUUUCAACCCAGGCCAACCCAGCCAGCCUGUACAAUCGCUAUUUCCGUCGCUGCCAAACGAAGGCGGCAAUGGCCCAUCACAAAAGGCCCGGCAUCUGCCUUCAUGGUUGUCCUCGCCACCAGCAGGCUCAACGAGAUCACCGAUGCGCGUGAGCCGGAGACCUAGUAGAGCAGAGCGGGGAGCCGCAAAGAAUAUCGUUGACGCCAAAAAGCGCGGGUGGAGGCCCAAGUCGAAAAAGUCCAAGGAACCUCAGCCAACAGGCUCUAGCCUGGAAGACUCGGGCUGGACAGAUGUUCCAACACAGCUUCCACAGAAGGACCAUAGGAAAUGCGUGGUCAUGUAA